UGUGAGCCAGAGGACCUGCGCGUAGUAACAGUAAGGGCUGCGUUGAGUAUUAGGGAGUUUGCGCAUCUGCCUGUCGCCGGCCCGGAAGGAACACUGUGACCGGGAUCUGAGCAUUUAAAAUCUGCUUGAUAAACCUGGUGCACCACCAUGCUGGCCGCAAGACUGGUGUGUCUCCGGACACUACCUUCCAGGGUUUUCCACCCAGCUUUCACCAAGCCCUCCCCUGUUGUAAAGAAUUCCAUCACAAAGACUCAGUGGCUCUUAACACCUAGCAGGGAAUAUGCCACCAAAACCAGAAUUGGGAUCCGGCGUGGGAAAACUGGUCAAGAACUUAAAGAGGCAGCAUUGGAACCAUCAAUGGAAAAGAUAUUUAAGAUUGAUCAGAUGGGAAGAUGGUUCAUUGCUGGAGGGGCUGCUGUUGGUCUUGGAGCAUUGUGCUACUAUGGUUUGGGAAUGUCUAACGAGAUUGGAGCUAUUGAAAAGGCUGUAAUUUGGCCUCAAUAUGUAAGGGAUAGAAUUCAUUCUACUUACAUGUACUUAGCAGGAAGUGUUGGUGUAACAGCUUUGUCUGCAAUGGCAAUGAGCAGAACUCCCGCUGUCAUGAACUUCAUGAUGAGAGGUUCUUGGGUGACAGUGGGUGCAACCUUAGCUGCCAUGAUUGGAGCUGGAAUGCUGGUACAGUCAAUAUCCUAUCACCAGAACCCAGGUCCAAAGCACCUUGCUUGGUUACUACAUUCUGGUGUGAUGGGUGCAAUGGUGGCUCCUUUGACAAUACUAGGAGGGCCUCUUCUCAUCAGAGCUGCAUGGUACACAGCUGGCAUUGUGGGAGGCCUCUCCACUGUGGCCAUGUGUGCACCCAGUGAGAAGUUUCUGAACAUGGGCGCCCCUUUGGGAGUGGGCCUGGGUCUCGUCUUUGUGUCCUCACUGGGUUCUAUGUUUCUCCCACCUACUUCUGUGGCUGGUGCCACUCUGUACUCAGUGACAGUUUAUGGAGGAUUGGUUCUUUUCAGCAUGUUCCUUCUGUAUGAUACCCAAAAAGUAAUCAAGCGUGCAGAACUAGUACCAUUUUAUGGGACUCAAAAAUAUGAUCCCAUCAAUUCGAUGAUGGGAAUCUACAUGGAUACAUUAAAUAUAUUUAUGCGAGUUGCCACUAUUCUAGCAACUGGUGGAAGCAGCAGAAAGAAGUGAAGUGACUCAACUCUGGCUUCUUAGAUACAUCAGAUAUCUUACUUGUUAACAGGAGCGGAUACUCAUUAGUUUGUACAAGCAGCUUUUUUUGAAAUUUAGUAAAUAAGAACUUGUCAGCAUGUUUCAAAUGUUCCAGUAAUAUAAUGCUUCAGGUCUGCUUUUUCUUCUGGAUAAUAAAUUCAGUAGUUCUCUCCCAAAUAAGCACAAACAUUUCCAGUUCUUGUGUUUGAGUAAUUCUAGUUGUUCUAAUGAAUGUGAAAGCUAAGGUUUGUGUUAUGAAAAUAUGUGUCUAGUUUUAAUUUAUUUCGAAGUGAAAAUUAGUAAACCUGCAUAAUAUUUUUAUUGCAGAAUAUUGACAAUGUCAUAAGUGACAUACAGGUUUAGUGAAAGGACCCAGAAGAAAUAAAGGGUCACUUGCAGUCUUUCUUUGAAUACUUAGCACUUCUGUGUUGAUGAGCCAGUGAAACGGGUCUAUUUGAAACAAACUCACUGUUUUUAUAUUCAUCUGCUGAACUUAUCAAAAGUAUUGAGCAUUUAGUCAAAACAUAGGUGAUUCAUUCUCCUGCUAUUUUGACAGUGUUAGAACAAUAUAGAAUGUUAAUCACAUGGAAAAUUCCAGGUUAACAUAUAUAUAUAUAUAUAUAUAUAUAUAAAAUUGUUAAUAUGUACCUGAGUUUUGCUUUUGAAGUUUAAUGAACACAUUAUCCUUAAAAUGUUUCUCAGAAUAAUUAGUAAAAGCAUGAAAAUCAUUUCAUUUUCUAGUACAGAAACCAUAUAUUCAUAAUUGCUGAGUUUUGGGGGGCAUAUUUAUUGAAAUUUUUAAUAGAAUACAUGCUUGCCUCUUUCAUCUCUUCAAGCUUUAAAGCUUUCUUCAGAAAAGCCUGUUUGUGGUUUACCCUUGAGAUUAUGAAAGCAGUUUUUCUCCUGACUUUUUUAAUGUUAUUUCUCAUACAAAGCACUGAAAAGGAAGGCAAAAGCAGUUUUUCUUCAUUCAUUAUAGCAAUAAAAAAUGCAACAGGGAAAAGGCUAAAAGGCUUCAUAUAUUCCUGGCAGAAUUUUUUCUCUCCUAUAUAGACUAAUAUUUAACUCUAUGACAUUUAUAGGUUUCCUGAUACAGAAGAGUUAUUUUUGGGUAUUCUUAAUAAAAGAAAUAAGUGUAUGAUUAUUUAGAUGCUUAGUAUUUUUGACAAAUAUUUAUUACGUAAUCCAGAAACAGCUAUUCUAAACAUCUCAAAGUAUACGGGAUGCUUCUUCCUGAAGUAAUAAAGAUUCCAGACAGAUAA